AUGGGAGACUUCGUUGCCAGCUCCAUGGCGGCGACGGCCACCGCGGCCGGCGGCGGCGGCGGCGGCGGCGGCGGCGGCGGCGUACCUGCUGACCUCCGCGCCACCUUUGCCGCCCACGGGCAGGAUCACGUGUUCAAGUACGUCGACAGCGGUGCGGUCAAGGCCGGGUCGGACGAGAUCUCCGCCCUCGUCGCCCAGCUGCGCACCAUCGAUCCUGCCCGCAUGAACCAGCUCCAUCUCUCUACCACAGCGGCGGCAGCAGCCGCCGACGCCGACGGCAGCGGCGGCGGAGCCGCGCAAGACAUGGAGCCCAUCGAAUCCUUCGGCAGCGUCGCCUCCGCGCACCCAGACGAGGCCGCCCGGUGGUUCGAGACCGGCCUUGGCGCCGUGAGGGACGGGAAGGUGGCCGUGGUGGUCCUCUGCGGCGGACAGGGCACCCGCCUAGGCUUCGACGGUCCCAAGGGGAUGUACGACAUCGGUCUCCCGUCCGGCAAGACCCUGUUCCAGCUGCAGGCUGAGCGGCUGCGCCGGGUGUGCGCGUUGGCAGCGGGUUGUAGUGGUAACGCUUCCGACGGCGGUAGCAAUGGCGCCGCCGCCGCCGUUGCCACGCCGCGCAUCCCCUGGUACAUCAUGACGAGCCCCCUGAACGACGCCGCGACCAGGGAGUUCUUCGCCGCUAGCGACUACUUCGGCGUCCCGAAAGAGGACGUAUUCUUCUUCUCCCAGGGCACGCUCCCGUGCAUGACGCGCGAGGGCAAGAUCAUCCUCGAAACCGGGAGCAGGGUCGCCAUGGCGCCGGACGGCAACGGCGGAAUCUACCCGGCGCUGCAGCGGAAGGGCGCUCUCGCCGACAUGCGCUCCCGGGGGGUGGAGCACGUGCACGUGUUCUCGAUCGACAACGCCCUCGUGCGCAUCGCGGACCCUCACUUCCUUGGCUACUGCAUCGAGAAGAAGGCUGACUGCGGGAACAAGUCGGUGUGGAAGUCCGAGCCCGGGGAGAAGGUCGGCGUCGUCGUCAAGCGGGGCGGGAAGCCGUGCGUCGUGGAGUACUCGGAGAUGGAAAAGGAGGCCUGCGAGCGGCGCGAGGGGUCCUCCAACGGGACCGGCGGCGGCGGCGGCGGCGGCAGGCUCGUCUUCGGCGCCGGCAACAUCUGCAACCACUACUUCUCGCUCGCAUUCCUGGAGGACACCGUGCUCCCCGGGAUGGCCGACAUGUACCACGUCGCGCACAAGAAGAUCCCGGCGGCGGACGGGUCCCACGGGACGACCCUCAAGCCCGCCGAGAACAACGGCAUCAAGCUAGAGUCCUUCAUCUUCGACGUCUUCCCGCUCUCCAAGAACAUGGUGCUGUUCGAGGCCGCCCGCGAGGACGAGUUCGCCCCGGUCAAGAACGCCCCCGGGAGUUCCACCGACUCCCCGGACACCGCGCGCGAGAUGAUCUCGCGGCAGGCGAGGCGCUGGGCCGCGGCGGCAGCGGCCGCCGCGGGGGGGGGCGCCACGUCCGGUGGGGACGAGGGGCUGUGCGAGAUUUCUCCCUUGGUUUCCUACGGCGGGGAGGGCUUGGAGGGUAGGGCGGGCGAACUUUCGGAAGUGCCGUUCCACAUCGAAUGA